CAUUACAGCGGUGUGCGCGCCGCGAACAUUGAGAAGCGCCGAGCCGCGCUCCCAGUCGCCUGCCCGCCCGUUUGCCUGUGAGCCUGCACGGACAAAGUGGAAGCAGCCAAGCCGCCCGCACACCGGAGCCCAGUGGAAACCUGUCCCGUGCGAUCCUUCGUGGAGUGUCCGAAGAAGCCCUCGACGCGCCAGUCGGGCGCUUUUGUGGAGGGGGCGGCUCUUGUUUUUGUUGUCGGUCGGUGGGAGACGACGGCAGCGUCGGUGGCGGCUGCUGCUGCUGCUUCUUCUUCUUCUGCUGAGACGGCUGCUGAGCGAUUGCGCCGUUUUUGUGUGGAUGUGUGUAUGUGUGUGUGUGCGCGCGUGAACGCGCGUGUGUCAGAUGCACAUAUUUUAUGGUAAACUGAAAAUGCACAUCCGAAUCUCGUAACGGCUCCGGACCCGGGGGGCCUUCAGCCGUGCGGCAUCGACCCUCGCCAGCCCUGCUCUCCCUCCUUCAGCUUCGAUCGCUCCUCUUCUUCUUCUUCUUCUGCUGCUGAUUCUUCUUCUUGUUGUUUUCUGGAGGACGUUUCGUCACGAUGAAAUGAAAAAAAAGGAAGGAAGGGUUUAUCUGAGGCGCCCGCUGCCUUCUGUCAUGCUCGCCAACUGACAGGACUUUGCUGGCUCGAAGAGCUUCUCGGUAGCCCCCGGAUCGCACCUUUGGAUGUUGUGUAGCUGCGAACGAACGACUGGGCGGAAACAAAAGCCUCGCAGAUUUGCUGUUUAGCGAUUUACUGGAAAGUGGAACGAGGAUGAAAACAUUUGACGACGCGUUCCGACUGCUGACAGGACGCGGCGGUGAGUGGCGCUAGAAACACAGGAUCGCGAAAGGAGAGAGCCCUGAGCGCCGCCGAAUAACUUUACUACGGGGGCUUUAUUUGAUCUUUACUCACCAGAAGGAGGAACGGAUUGGCUCCUUCAACUUGGCCACUGUUUAUCUUCUCCACGGCCAUCACGGACCUCUAGCGCUUGGCGGACGUGUAUUGCAGCGAAACGGCCUCUCUCCCUGUGAUCAAGUUGUCCCAAAUUCAAUCAAUAAAAACGAAAGGGACUUGAAGAGGAGCAGAAAAAAAAGUGGGCUGAGGGUGGGAGGGGGGAGGUCAGCCCGUUUCAUGUGAUCGUUUUCAGCAGACAACACGCCGGGAAUUGUUUUUGCUCCUCGUGUGUGGAUUAUGUGCUCAUUUUAAUCAAACCGAAAGCACAGAUUUGCUGGGGAUGUGCUGCUGAGGCUCGCUGGAUUACGCAGGAUCGGUUUUGUUUUGAAUCGCCUUGGAUGAGGACCCCCUCCCUUUCCUGACCUGGAUUUCACUUGCCACUGGAAACUCCUGUCUGGAUUUACAAGUCUCACGGAGAUUUUUAUUUAUUUAUUUUUUUUUUAAGGGGGGAUUGGCUUUGCUCAAGCACUUACACUUCGGCUCUUCUUUUUUUUUGUGGAUAUUAAACCUUCCCCCCUUCCUUUUUUUUUCCCCUUUGCAUUUCAUCUUCUGGGAGCUAAAGGGGCCUGAUUGGGUUCACUUUGAAGUUCUUGGCUCUGGUCCUCCUUUUGGUUUCCUUGUGUGGCCCGGUUUGGCUCUUUCUGAGUCCCGGUCCCGAUUCCGACAUGCCCAGCUCUGGUGAGCCGGUUCGCCGAGGAUCAUGACUGCAUCAGCGAACUGGGUGGCAAACGGGGCGAGCCUCGAAGACUGCCACUCCAACCUCUUCUCUCUGGCGGAGCUGACUGGCAUAAAGUGGAGGCGGUACAGAUUCCGAGGAAACGGCGAGUGUGGUCCGGUGAUCUCUGCUCCCGCUCACGAUGACCCCGUCCUCCGCAGCUUCACUCGCUGCGUGCAUGCCAACCUGCUCUGUGUCUGGCGCCGCUACGUCAAGCCCGAUGCCAAGCCUGAUGCCAAGGAGCUGUGGAUUUUCUGGUGGGGCGAGGAGCCAAACCUCGUCGACAUCAUUCAUCACGAGCUGGAGGUGGCAGAGGAAGGUCUCUGGGAAAGUGGGCUUUCUUACGAGUGCCGGACGUUGCUCUUCAAGGCCAUCCAUAACCUGCUUGAGAGGUGCCUGAUGGAUAAACGUUUUGUUCGGAUCGGGAAGUGGUUUGUGAAGCCGUACGAGAAAGAAGAGAAAACGGCAAACAACAGUGAGCACCUGUCCUGCGCCUUCACCUUCUUCCUCCAUGGAGAGAGCAAUGUUUGCACGAGCGUGGAGAUCGCUCAGCACCAGCCAGUGUACCUCAUCAACGAGGAGCACAUCACCUUUGCCCAGAAUGCCUCUUCCCCCUUCCAAGUGAUACUAAGCCCCUACGGCUUGAGUGGGACCCUGACGGGCCAAGCGUACAAGAUGUCCGACCCCGCCGUCCGUAAGCUAAUGGAGGAAUGGUGCUACUUCUAUCCAAUGGUGCUGCAGAAACAAGAAGGCAAGAAGGAGGAGUGCGAGCUUGGCUAUGACAGCAGCAGUCAUGUCGCUGUUGAAGUCAUCGUCGGUGGCGUGCGGAUGGUCUAUCCCUCGGCCUUUGUCCUCAUCGCUCAGAGUGACAUCCCUCAGGCUCAGCCGUUAUCUGCACAGGGGGUGAUGAGGGAGCCCACCAGCUGCGGCAUCCCCCUGACGCCCCCCACGUCUCCCGAGCAGACCUGUACAGGUGAAAGUGGGAUCCAGACUGUCCUCAAUGGUCUUCCACCUCAAGAGGGAAUCGUUGGGAACACAUACAGCCCGAAGCACACCGGGAAGACGCUGACCAAUCAGGCGGUCCAGCAUGUGUGGAAGGAGUGUUACAUGAACACGUGUCAGUACAAGGUGACUGUAUCUGGUGACAUGAACCCCGAUGAGGUUGUGUCAAAUGGAGCGCCAGAGUGGAGCUUCAUGAGUCCUGCGGGACGUGUGUCUUGCUGCUGCUCCAGGCAAAAGUUACAGAAGCAGCGACAACCGCCUGCAGUCAGUCGGACUUCAUCCAACCCUCCUCUGGGCUCCAACCCAGCGCCCCCAGCCACAGCACCUCUACCACCGCCCGCUCCGUCCAAGCACAAGGUGUUAGACAAGGUUGACAAGCUCGAGAAGCAGCCCAAGAGACUGCUCAUGACCCCUUUCCAUCACAGAGCCUCUGUGUGUGAAGACUUUAGCCUGGACCAGGACCCUGCUUCGGCGGGCACUCAGAAGCUGGCCAUUACCACAGUGGACCCCCCAAUGGAAGUGUUGCCAGGCCGAAAAUAUCCAAAACAGCUGCAAGCUCCAGGCAAAGCUCCAGAUUCCCCCAUGCACUCCCCCGUCUCCCCCCUUCCACCCACUCUCAGCCCACAUCCCCGAAGUCAAGACACCGAGGGGCUCGAGACAGCAGUAAGUCUGCCAGUGUACCAUGAACUGCCACCCGGGCCCAAGCCGCCUGAACCAAGUGAUACCACGUUAUAUGCCGCCCCCUUAGCUACUGGCAAAGAGGGCACAGGCUGGUGGCGAGACUUUGUGGUCCCCAUGGCGGAAGGUACGGAAUUCAGGCCACCAGAGCUGCACGCAGACAGGGCCGAGGUGAAGGUGGAGGCUGCUACAGAAGGCAUUGCACUAAAGAGGCUCUUUGCUCAGCCUUACAAGCGGUUCAAGGUGUCGGAGGACCGCGUACGAGAACACGUGCAGUCUCUCGGCUACUUGGACCACACCAGCGUAGAAGGCCGAGUGGACAUCUGUGACCCUGGCGACCCGUACACCUUUGUGGAUGAGGACAUCGAGUACAGGUUCACCAACAAGAGAGGGAAGGGGCCGUGUCAAGACAGAGACCCCAGCAAGAAGGGAAAGGCUGAAGACGGCUUUAAUUCCAGGGAGGCAACGCCAAGCAACUCUACCCCAGUGCCUGAUGGGAAGGAUGCCAUGUCCAUUUUCAGUCCUGCUCCUAAAUCAGAAGACUCGCGGCAGGACAGCGCUUCAGCCAAAGCAAACCCCAGCCUGACAAGGGAGACGGACCUCGUGGUCCUCAUAUCAGACCUGGAGAAUAUAUUUGACAACUCGGACGAGGAUGAGCUGGGGGCAACAUCUUCUACGCAGCGAUUGUCCAAGCCCCCGCCAGCAGAGGAUCGCCCCCUCGGGAAGGACGUGAAGGCGGCAGUACCAUAUCCACCAACAGUGGCAGAUCUUCAGAGGAUGUUCCCCACGCCGCCCUCUCUGGAACAGCAUCCUGCCUUCUCCCCCGUCAUGACCUACCGCGACGUCCUCAACUCGGAGCCGCCUAGCAGCCUGACGGCUGUAGAUAACACCAUCGCUUCUGGCAUCCACCUGUCUGAGUUCAAAAUGGAAGUCGAGGAGGGGCUGGCCAGUCCAAAGCCCGAGGAGAUCAAGGACUUUUCCUUUGUUUUUCAACCACUCCCAUUGCAGCCAGUGGUGGGUUCUUCCAUGUUUGCCCCUUUAAGGACCCUGCCCAGCCAAUGUCUGCCCCCAAUCAAGUUGCCAGAGUCCUGCUUCUACCGUCCAUCCUGGUCUGUGCCGCCCAAGAUGGAGCAGCUUCCACCCCUGCCACAACAUGCUUCCUUCACGAGAGAUGGAUACGUAAAUGUGCCUAGUGUGGGAAGCCCCCUGGAGCAGGACUACACCCAAAUGAGCACCCCUCAGACCAGCACGCCGGCAGCCGCCAACAGCACUGCCUCUGCCAGCAAUGCGGGGGUCCUGCCUUCUCCCUCACCCGCCACUCCGCGCUUCUCUGUGCCCACGCCCCGCACUCCAAGAACUCCCCGUACGCCCAGGGCGGGGGGGCCGGCCAGCGGCCAGGGCUCGGUCAAGUACGACGGGACAGACCUCUGCUCUCCGGCCUCCACUCCUUCCACUAGCCGUCCUCUCAGCUCCGUCGAGCCCUCAGCCUUGCCGCCCCUGCCCGAGGCUCACAGCCUCUACGUGGUGCUCAUCCUCUCGGACUCCGUGCUCAACAUCUUCAAGGACCGCAAUUUUGACAGCUGCUGCAUCUGUGCCUGCAAUAUGAACGUCAAAGGAGCCGACGUGGGGCUCUACAUCCCGGACUCCACGCGCGAGGACCAGUACCCCUGCAUGUGUGGCUUCAGUGCCAUCGUCAACCGCCGCCUUGCCCACGGCGCUGGCCUCUUCCUGGAGGACGAGCUCGAUAUCUUUGGCCGAGGCUCCGAGGUGGGCCAGGCAGCAGAGAGAAGGCUGGCGCUGUGCCGACGGACGUCCCCCGAGCCCCCUACGCCGCUGCUCAUUCUGCUGCAGGAGCAGUGCUCCCGGCCUCUCUAUUCCCUGAGCUCUCUGGACCAGUCGGCCGCCUGCUCCUGUCCCGGCCGACAGGGGGCGCUGGCCCAGAGCUGGGCGGCAGACAAGCUGUGGGCAGACAGCAGCGACUUGUGUGAGGAGUGCUUCAAUGCCCUCGAGCAGGGCCAGCAGUAUGUGGACAAUCCAGCCGGGGGGAAAGUGAAUCGAGUGCUUGUGAGGAGCAGCGGCCUUCAUCCCUGGUCACACACAAGCGUAUUGGACAUCAGUAUGCUGUCCUCUCAGGACGUCGUCCACAUGCUUCUGUCCCUUCAACCAUUCCUCCAAGAUGCCAUCCAGAAGAAACGCACUGGCCGGACAUGGGAGAACAUUCAGCAUGUGCAGGGCCCUCUGACCUGGCAGCAGUUCCACAAGAUGGCUGGGCGAGGCUCUUAUGGUUCAGACGAGUCCCCUGAGCCCCUGCCUAUCCCCACCUUGCUAGUGGGCUAUGACCGAGACUUCCUGACGCUGUCUCCACUGGCGCUGCCCUUUUGGGAGAAGCUUCUUCUGGAGCCAUAUGGAGGUCAGCGAGAUGCGGCUUUCCUAGUCGUUUGUCCGGACAACGAUGCCCUGAUCGAUGGUGCCAAUAAUUUCUUCCGGGACCUCAGCGCGGUGUACGAGACAUGCCGGCUGGGGAAACACCGCCCACUUAGCAAGAUCUCACGAGAUGGCAUUAUACGGGUGGGCAGCCUGGACUCCCAGCACCUUGCCGAGGAGCCGGAAGAUGAAUGGAUUGCACAGCCGUGGGGCAGCGAUGGAGAGGACGACAACCUGAGCAAACUGCGACUUUACGCCCACACCUGCAGAAAUCAGCUGGCCCCUCAGCUUGCCACCCUCUCGUUAGACAGCAGUCUUCUUCUACCUCCAAAACCACAGCCUGUGGCUGCCGCCAACCAAGCCUCAUCAGGCCUACUUCCUCCUCCUCCUCCUCCUCCUCCACCUCCUCCUUCUGCAGGAGCUGCCGGUACGACGGUAGGAUCCACAGUCACUCCUGUUUCCACGGCCAGUGGUGCAUCCCAGCCAUCCUUACCCGUGGUGGGCGGCAGCCAGGGGCAGAAUGGGGCAGAACGCACCCAAGGAAACUCCACGGCUGGCAGCGUUGCGGCUCCAGAGGCAGAAAACGGACAAAACUCAACACCAGCAGCACCAGCAGCCGCCGCUGCCACCACAGCUCCUCCUCCUCCUCCUCCUCCUCCUCCUCAAGAAGGGCAAGAAAAUUCGGCUGAGAGGGAACGAAUCGGAAUCCCCACAGAAGCAGAUUCUGCCGAUAGCCACGCUCACCCGCCAGCCAUUGUGGUUUAUGUGGUGGACCCGUUCCUGUGCUCCGCAGAGGAAGAGGAGGCCGAGCCCGGCAGCGUCUGGCUGCUCGGACUUCUCCGCUGCUACACGGACGUCCUGCAGAGUCUGCCGGAGGCCCUGCGGCCGGCACUGGUGUUGCAGGUGGUGCCGUGCCAGUAUCUGCUGCAGCCCGUGAAGGACGACCACAUGCACUAUAUCCAGCAGCUGCGCUCCCUGGCAUUCUCAGUGUACUCUCAGUGCCGCCGACUGCUUCCCGUGCAGACGCAUAUCAAGUCCCUGACGGGCUUUGGGCCUGCGUCUACCAUUGAGAACAUUCUGAAGAACCCAGAGCAGCACCCCUGCCCACUGCCAUUGUACUCCCCACCUUUUGUCCUAAGCCCGAUGCGCAACAAGCAACCAGAAUUGGGAGAAGCAGCCGGGGAGGCCAUGCAGCACUUUGGCGUGCUGUUUGUGGGUUACUGCCUGUCCCAUGACCAGCGCUGGCUCCUGGCAUCCUGUACGGAUCAGCAUGGCGAGCUGCUAGAGACAUGUGUCAUCAACAUUGACAUCCCGAACAGGGCACGUAGGACCAAGGUGUCUGCUCGGAAAAUGGGCCUGCAGAAGGUGUGGGACUGGUGCGUUGGCAUUAUCCAAAUGACAUCACUGCCCUGGCGAGUGGUAAUUGGCCGACUAGGUCGCUUAGGCCAUGGCGAGCUAAAAGACUGGAGCAUUCUUCUGGGGGAAAGUUCUCUGCAGUCCAUUACACGGCAGCUGAAGGAAACGUGUCGGAUAUGUGGGAUCUCCCCCAGCGACUCGCCUUCCAUUCUGAGUGCCUGCCUUGUGGCAAUGGAGCCCCAGGGGUCCUUCGUGGUAAUGCCAGACGCUGUGACGAUGGGCUCUGUGUUUGGCCGCAGUACGGCUCUCAACUUGCAAACCUCCCAGCUGAACACACCACAAGACGCAUCGUGCACUCACAUCCUGGUCUUCCCAACCUCUGCCACCACGUCGGAGACCUACACCAGCGAAGAUAACCCUGGCGCUGCUGUUCUGUCUCCAUCAGAUGACAUGUUUUACCUCCCUUUUCCCGACGAACUGGAGAACUACAUUGAAAGUGAAAUGAUGCUGAUCACCAGGAACCUGCAUCCUUCUCCCAACUCCUCCCCUGUCCCAUCCCCAGGGUCUCCUUCUGGGAUUGGUGGGGGUUGCCACUUCCAGCAGAGCCGGGGUCAAGGUGAGCGGCUUCUAUCCCGGGAGGCCCCAGAAGAACUGAAGCAGCAGCCGCUGGCUCUUGGUUACUAUGUGUCCACUGCCAAAGCUGAAGACCUUCCCCAGUGGUUUUGGGCAUCCUGCCCACAGGCUCAAUAUCAGUGUCCCCUGUUCCUCAAGGCCUCACUACACCACCAUAUCUCGAUUGCUCAUAUGGACGAACUUGCUGCAAAUAAGAAUUCCCAAAGGACGUCACAUCCCCUGGACUCCAAGAUUACCUCAGAGGUGUUAAGGUUUGUGCUGGAGCAGUACAACGCCCUCUCCUGGCUCACCUGCAGCCCAGCAUCCCAGGACCGCCGCUCCUGCCUGCCGGUCCACUUUGUUGUCCUGACACAGAUGUACAACGCCAUCCUGAACAUGCUCUAGCAGCAACGGGACGGGGCCCCCGGCCUUCCAGACCCUUCUUUGUGAGAGACUCGUACUCGAUACGUCUCCCCUCUCUGUUUACAAGAUUGCAGAGGACUUCUCUUUCUAACGUGUGUAAUGAGCGAGGCAAAGACGGGAAGAACGGCACAGCCAUCUCCAAGUGAGCGAUGAGGCAGUGGGGCAGAAACCUGGGUGGGCAGUGCUGGUCAGAGAUGUGCAAUGGAACCAGGCCAUAGGGUGGGCAUGUCGCCUCUGACUUUUAAUGGGACGUGCUUCAUUACAUUGGGGCGUGUCACGUCUGAAACAGAUUUCAACAGUGAACCUGUUAAGACGAAGGUAUCUGUGAUUGGGAACUGGACGAGACACAGGUCCAUCCACAUUUUCGGCUGCGCCACCCGCUGCCUCCCGCAGGUAGGAGGAGGCGGUGGCAGCGCCACGCUUAGGGAGGGAAGAGCAGCUCCGCUCGAGUGAUUAGCUGUGGGGCUGGCCCUGGCCGGGUGGGCCCAGCGGCCUCGCCCACCGCCACACAGUGACGUUCUUCCACUUUUGCAAAAAAACAAACAAAACUUAAUAAAACAAACAAACAAACAAAUCCAAAAUGUCGACGCUUGACGAGCACUGAGGCUUUGCGCUUAGCUGACUUGGGGGUAGCGACAGGUGGGUGAGGGCGUCAGGUGACCCUUGUAGAUACGGCGAGCCUGUAUUCGUAAAAACGACAAGAAAACAAACAAACAAACAAAAUGUAUCUUGUGUACAGUGUAAAAUUGACCUUUAAAGAAUCAGAUAUUUUUUAUUAAUCAAGAAGAACACAAGACUUUUACAAAAUGAAACAAUUGAAAUUGUAAUAUUGUUAAAGAAUUAAUAAGGAA